UACACGAAGCUGUUCCCCGAGGAGGAGGGCAGCUACUACACCCUGGGCAGCAUCAGCACCUCGCCCGCGGCGGUGCUGCAGAAGGAGACAUGCAUCUGCUCGUGGCGUGUCUGCUGGCGUGCCGCGUGGCCUGGUCGAGGGGUGCGCUGGAGGGGGGGCCCUGGCACCCGGGGGAGCACGUGACCUCCGCCGUCUGGCGCGAGCACGCGGGCCCGCAAGACGCCGGCCUCCAGGACCUGGCGGGCCUCGACUCCCUGGACCUGCUGGACGGCGCGGCCUCGCUGCCCGCGCGCUACUCGGCGCCCCUGGCGGCAGUCCUGGGCGAGGUGCUGCGGGCGCUGUGGGGCGUCGCGCGCGCCCUGGAGGCCGACCCCGAGGACCCCGAGGACCUCCGAGUCCCCGGCCCGCUGGGCGAGCCCGCGCUCCACACCGGCCAUGACGUCGCGCAGCUGAUACGCGCCAUCAAGAACGCGAUCGAACACAUAAAGUCCACCAUCGCCCACAAGAUCAAGGUCAAGAAAUGGCAGAAAAUCCACUUCGUCAAGGCUUUCGGCGUUUCGACGCUGAACAAAGUGUCCAGCCUUUUGAAAAAGAUAAAAAUUGCGCUGAAGAAGAUCCCUGUAUUCCUGCUGAAGCUCUUGGUGGCGAAAAAGCUGUUCGUUGUGAAGUCGAAGUUGGCACCCCUGAAAUAUUUCAGUAGCAAGAAGAAAGCGCUGUUGGGACUUGUUUUCCCGAAGUUCGUGGCGCGGGCUGCGCCGCACCCGGGGCUGCUCGCGGGCAGCUACGUGCGCAUGGUGCCAGUCCAGACCGCGCUCAGGGAGACGUGGCCUGGUCCACACGCGUGGCCGCCUGGUCCACACGCGCCGCCGCCUGGUCCACACGCGCCGCCGCCUGGUCCACACGCGCCGCCGCUGUGGCGGCCGUCUGCGCCGUACCCGCCGGCCGUCGACUCGUACGGCCGCCCCACUGCGCCCUACGCCGGCCGCUGGCUGUCCAGCAGCCUCCAGCAGCCCCCAGCCGCCGCCUCCAGUCUCCAGCCGCACGCAGAGGGCGCUGCCUCCGUCUGGACCAGCAGUCUCCAGCUUCCAGACAGUCUGACCUCGCCAGGAGCCCGGCCAGCAGAGGGCGUCUUCCACGGCCAGCACAGCUCAGGGCUGCCGAGCUAGCGCUGCGGUGUUUUCCCCGGCGACUGCACUGCAUGGGACGAGAGAGACAUCAGCACCAGCUUUUCCCUUUCUACGUACAUUUCGUAUAUGUGUGAACGCUGAACGGUAUACGACUCCAUAAAUUCGAUGAAGCUUAUUCUAUGCAUCACCGCUUAUAAAAUUUUAUGUUUUGUGUACUGUACAAUAAAAAUAUCUCUACAGAAA